UUCACGGUGAAGCAGCCUGUGUGCCUCUUUUCAGAGUGUUAGCUACGGCCAGCUUCAUCCAAACAAAAUGGGCAUCCUUUUUGGAUUAUACAUCCUGGGGAUUUUAUUUACAGCUGUCCUUUUACUGCUUUUGGCAUCUACCGCGUAUAAUCCGCUAAAAAAUUAUAUCGGAAAAUGGAACGAAAUGAGACCGAUUCCGGGAAUGGCGGGUGCUUAUCCAAUCAUUGGCAAUGCACUGCAGUUUAAAACCAAUGCAGGAGACUUCUUCAAUCAGAUUAUCGAGGGCACAAAUGAAAACAGACACCUCCCUCUUGCAAAGGUGUGGGUGGGUCCAGUCCCUUUUCUGAUCUUGUAUCAUGCUGAGAAUAUUGAGGUGGUCCUCAGCAAUUCCAGACACCUUGACAAAUCAUACUCAUAUAGGUUCCUGCACCCCUGGCUUGGCACAGGCCUGCUCACCAGCACAGGGGAGAAAUGGCGUAAUCGGCGUAAAAUGCUGACUCCAACCUUCCAUUUCUCCAUUCUCUCUGACUUCCUGGAAGUGAUGAAUGAACAAACGGAUAUUUUGAUUCAGAAGAUGCAGAAGCUUGAAGACGGAGAGCCAUUUAACUGCUUUAACUUCAUAACAUUGUGUGCUUUGGAUAUCAUUUGUGAAACCGCAAUGGGAAAGAAAAUCUAUGCUCAGAGCAAUGCUGACUCGGAGUAUGUCCAAAGUGUAUAUAAAAUGAGUGACAUCAUCACUAAGAGACAGAGAGCACCAUGGCUGUGGCCAGACUGGAUCUACAACAAAUUAAAGGAAGGCAAAGAACAUGCCAAAAGAUUAAAGAUUCUCCACUCUUUCACUGCAAAUGUCAUCAGAGAGAGAGCAGAGUUCAUGAGCUCUGAGCCAGACAGUGAUUCUGACCAGGGUGAGAGGAAAAGACAAGCCUUCCUAGAUAUGCUGUUAAAAACUACCUAUGAGAAUGGACAGAAAUUGAGUCAUGAGGACAUUCAGGAGGAAGUGGACACCUUCAUGUUUGAGGGUCAUGAUACCACAGCAGCUUCAAUGAACUGGGCUUUACAUCUGAUUGGGUCUCAUCCUGAGGUACAGAAGGCAGUGCAGGCAGAACUACAGGAAGUCUUUGGUUCAUCGGAGCGCCAUGUGGGGGUGGAGGACCUGAAAAAGCUGCGCUACCUGGAGUGUGUGAUCAAGGAGAGUCUGCGGAUCUUCCCCUCCGUGCCUCUGUUUGCGCGCAGCAUCUGCGAGGCUUGUCAUAUCAAUGGGUUCAAAGUCCCAAAAGGAGUGAAUGCUGUUAUCAUACCAUAUGCUCUUCACCGGGACCCGCGCUACUUUCCAGAACCUGAGGAAUUUCAACCGGAAAGGUUUAUGCCAGAAAACAGCAAAGGGAGGCAUCCAUAUGCGUACAUCCCUUUUUCUGCUGGGCCAAGGAACUGCAUUGGCCAACGCUUCGCCAUGAUGGAGGAGAAGGUAGUUCUUGCUACAAUCUUGCGUCACUUUGACGUAGAGGCGUGUCAGAGCCGUGAGGAACUGCGCCCUCUGGGGGAACUCAUUCUGCGUCCCGAGAAGGGCAUUUGGAUCAAACUACAAAGAAGAAGCAAAUAGCUCUCACCAUCAAUAUGAGGUUGCAUCUGUUUCUGUUUUGCCUCUGCUUCUAGUUUCGAUGCUAGUUUUAUGUAGAUGCAGUUUUUUGCAUUUUGUGUGCUGGUUUUUAUGGGAAAUUGGAUGAAAUGGAUAAAAGGAAGAGCUGUGAGAAGCUGAAGGUAUAAUCAAAUGAAUAAAAUAUGUGGACACUUUAUUUUAAAGGGGAAAUAUCUAUUUUAUAAGGGGUUUAAACACUCUUAUGACACAACUGUGAAUAUAGCCAGCCUCUAAUGCUGAAAAUGUAUUAUUUUAUUUUUUUAUAAUCACAUUCAUAAAAAAACAGUCUGCAGAAACACUUUGUUUAACUUUCUCUCUUUUUACACGUCUUUGGAAAGGGAAAGUCGCACUCAUUCGUUACGAUCUAUCCCUCAUUAGCAUAAACAAACCUGAGUGAGAAGAAGCAGUCUUUUAGAGUUUCCAUGCCGUACCUGCUGAAGAUACUUUCAGCGAAUAAAAGGCAUUAUAAAUGUAGAGUUUUAGGAUGCACAAAUGAACGCAGGAGUCUUCAUAGACUGCAUCUUUGUUGACAUUUUCAGUUUUUCACAGAGAUAACGUUAGCCUUGUUUUGAAUCUGCUAGGCAUUUGUAGCUCCACCCUCUAUGGAAAGGAGAGCUGGGAAUAAAAUCUCAUUUGAAUUUACAGCAACAAUCACCAAAACGGCACAAUUCGAAUCAAAGAUUAAUUAUUACAUUGUUUGUGGGGUUUUUGGGGUAUCCUUAGAAACAUCAGAAACUUAUUUUACAUUUUUUUUAAAAGAAGACAUAACAGGUCCCCUUAAAUGUACAAUUCACACUAAUAAGAAUCUAUUUGCUAAGACUUUGAGCUCAAUAAACUACUCAUUAGCUGCUUAUUUUUUAGUUAGUAACAACUAAGUAGCAGUUGGGUUUAGGUAUUGAGUAGGAUUAUGGAUGUAAAAUAAGCUCAUACUUUAUAAGUGCUAAUAGGCAGGUAAUAAGCUAGUCGUAAUACAGGAUCUUUUGAAUGGUGUGAAUUGUUACUUAAACUAACGUGUUACUAAAAUAUGUUAUAAAAAGAUAAGAAAGAGGAGCCAGAAGUUUCAAGGACAAAUUGUGCAGAAAUUCUGAUUCCAUGAAGACCUACUUAUAAAUGAGAAAUAAUGGAUCUUAAGCUAAAGUGUGUGUGCAUUAUGCUUAAAAUGUACAUUUCUUUACACUCUGCUUACAUUUAAAGACAUUUCUUUACUAAACACCAUUAAAUAUUUUAUUUAGUUUUAUUUAUAAUUAUUAUAAUACCAUUUCUACAUCCUCACCCACCCUAACUUUAACCAUAUCUCACCUCAAUAGAAGCAAAUUUGUUUUGAAAAAAAAAAAAACAAGUAAGUCGUAUCUAACACUUUCACUUAAAAAAAAUGAAUAGUAGGUAAAGAAAGUUAAAUAGUGCACUGCCAGAUGUUUAACUGCUGAUCUCUUAAUGAAUACAUCUACAUUAAAUAUUGAUUUGAUCUGAAGUUGUUAAAGUACUUAAUAAGGAAGGUGUAGAAGUGUUGUACAUUAAACUAACACAGCAAGUCCAUUUGUUAAAAACGUUUAAUCACAUAAUUUCAUAAUUUGUCAAUUAAAAUUAAAUUUAGUCAAAUAAAUCAUAUUUUCCCCUCUAUGAAAUUUAAACAAAUGUUCUGUAGACUUCAAAUAUGUCAUGUUAUAUGUGACCCUUGAAUUUUUAUGUAUUGCUGAAUAUAUGAUGAAAAAGAUCACUUCAUUCAGUGUUUAUGCUUGUGCACAUUUAAUAUCCCUUUACUAUACAUUGGUAUACUUGUUUGUAUUUUUGUUUGUAUUUUACACUCAAGUGCCGAGGUAAUUGCAAAAAAAAAAAAAAAUAAUAAUGACAAUGUCAAAGUAUUAGUUUUAUGUAGUCCCUAUUACUUAUUAUAUGUUUAAAAGAUUCCUUCAAAGGAGAAAGUAAACAAAAGAGAGAACAUCUUAUAUUAAAAGUUUGCCAAAGCUUAUGUUUAUUUAUCUUUUGCCUGCACCAUGAGUGCCCUGUCCCUGAUACCCAGCAUCCACCUUACAAUCCAGUGCAUUAAUUAUACUUUAAUUUACUUUUUAAAUAAUAUUUUCGUUGAAGCUAACAUCAAAAGAAGAAUCCAUUCAGCUAAAAAGACUAAUGGAGCAACAAUGUUGAACAUUCAGCUUUGCCACUGUAGGAAUAAACAACGUUUGAAAGCAAAUAUUAAAAUAGAAAACAUCUAUUUUAAAUUGUAAUAAAAUGGCUCUUUUCAUUGUAAUUUUCAUCAAAUAAAUAAAGCCUUGGUGAGCACCUCUGUGAUAAUCACCACUUUUAAGUUUCAAAUAUUUGGUGAAUCUCAGUUUCACAGAUUUGUUGAAGAUCAGGACUCAAAUCACUGGAUGAGUGUUUUCAGACUAAAUAGUGUCUGCACUUCCAGACAUACCAAAUACCAUCAGCAUCUUAUUCAAACACACAAAAUAUAAAGGUUGAAUGUAAGUCUUUAAUUAAACUGUCCUUCAGCAUGCUGAAAUCUUUAAGGGCUUUCAUUAAGCAGAAAUGUUUUCUUUAAAUAAAAUGAGAAAUAUAUGUUUCCAAGUCAACAAAACACUUGAAGGAAAAACUUGAAUGAUUUUUCAUCAAAAGAUCCUGUAAGUGCAGAGAUUUUAAUAUGAAGUAUGCCAUACCAUUCUAUUAAUGUUGCUAUAGAUUUUGCUAAUUAUAAGAGUUUGCAUGAUUAGGUCCUCAGUCUGUGAUGUUCAGCCAUUAAGCUUUACUUUGCAGCUUCUGUGAGCCUUUUCAUUUGAUGCCGUUCAGCUUGUAGAAAUUUGCAUUUGUUUUGAGCCAAUACAUUCUCACUCCCAAAUCAUCAGAGUUUGAUGCUUGGCCAGAACCCCUUGGCAUCACUUUAGCACUCUGGGUACCCUGUUGGCAUCAUUUUCCUAUGUGCUGGGGACACUAUUGCUUUCUGUGACAAACUUUUGCAUCAGUAUGUGAUGAGAAAUUUGUCAUCAAUAAAUUAUUUAUUAGAGUAUAAUACUGA